UGCCCUUUGACUCCGGAUGUGUUUGGGGGAGGCCCGGGCGGCCUCGGUUUGAAUGAAAUCCGGCUGAUUCAUCGCGGCCCCGAGCGCGGCGGAGCGGGAGCGGCCCGGCCCGUAGGAAGAAGACUUAACUAGUUUUUAGGCUGCCAGGAAGUGUGGGGGCCACACCAGAGGUUAAGUAGCUCCUGCCAACUCUAUUGACCAGUGUGUGAAAGCUCUGACUGAGUGCCAGAAAUAUGGACAGACUUCUACGACUUGGAGGAGGUAUGCCUGGGCUGGGACAGGGGCCACCUACGGAUGCUCCUGCCGUGGACACAGCAGAACAGGUUUAUAUAUCUUCCCUCGCAUUGCUGAAAAUGUUGAAACAUGGCCGUGCUGGUGUCCCUAUGGAAGUUAUGGGUCUGAUGCUUGGCGAAUUUGUUGAUGAUUAUACUGUGAGAGUGAUUGAUGUGUUUGCUAUGCCACAGUCAGGAACGGGAGUCAGUGUAGAGGCAGUUGAUCCAGUAUUUCAAGCCAAAAUGUUGGAUAUGCUGAAACAGACAGGAAGGCCAGAGAUGGUUGUUGGUUGGUAUCAUAGUCACCCUGGCUUUGGCUGUUGGCUGUCUGGUGUGGAUAUCAAUACUCAACAGAGCUUUGAAGCCCUAUCAGAAAGAGCAGUAGCUGUGGUGGUGGAUCCUAUCCAGAGUGUAAAAGGAAAGGUUGUUAUUGAUGCCUUCAGGUUGAUCAAUGCUAAUAUGAUGGUCUUGGGACAUGAACCAAGACAAACAACUUCAAAUCUGGGUCACUUAAACAAGCCAUCUAUCCAGGCUCUAAUUCAUGGACUGAACAGGCAUUACUACUCCAUUACUAUCAACUACAGAAAGAAUGAAUUAGAACAGAAGAUGUUGCUAAAUUUGCAUAAGAAGAGUUGGAUGGAAGGUUUAACACUUCAGGACUACAGUGAACAUUGCAAACUCAAUGAAACAGUAGUGAAGGAGAUGUUGGAAUUGGCUAAGAACUAUAACAAGGCUGUUGAAGAAGAAGAUAAGAUGACACCUGAACAGCUGGCAAUAAAAAAUGUUGGCAAGCAGGACCCCAAACGUCAUUUAGAAGAACAUGUGGAUGUGCUGAUGACCUCAAAUAUUGUCCAGUGUUUAGCAGCUAUGUUGGAUACAGUUGUAUUUAAAUAAUGAAUCUACUGUUGGAGUGCUUUCUGUGUGCAUUUGUCCUCUUGUUAACACUCAGAAAUCAGGGACUGCUGAAGAUAUAUAUGGUUAAAUGAAAGGUAUCAUUUUCAGCACUAUAACAACUUUCAGUCUCUGUUGUGCAAUUGCUUCUGUUUCUUUGUGUCAGGGUCUUACAGAUUCCACAGCAGUUCAAGAACACACAGGAGGCAAACUGUAUUAAGUUUUUUUCAUUUAAUAUUUGGGGGAAAAAUCAGUAGUACAUAUAUAUUUUGAUUGUUGCUACAUAAUAAAAAUACAUUUACAAUCUA